AUGGCGCCGAUGAUUCCCGGCGACAAGUACAAGCAGUACAAGCCCAUCGACCUGCCCAACCGAACGUGGCCCACAAAGAUCCAACAAACGUCGCCAAUUUGGACCUCGGUCGACCUCAGAGAUGGCAAUCAGGCCCUCAUCAACCCCAUGUCUGGCGAGCAGAAGCUCAAGUUCUACCAGAAGCUCGUCGAGGUCGGCUUCAAGGAGAUCGAAGUCGCUUUUCCUUCCGCCUCGGAUACCGACUUUGGUUUUGUCCGUCACAUUAUCGAGAACAACAUGAUUCCCGACGACGUCUACAUCCAGGUCCUCACCCCGGCUCGUGAAGAGCUCAUCCGACGCACUUUCGAGUCGAUCAAGGGCGCCAAGAACGUUGUGCUGCACAUGUACAACGCCUCGUCCCCCCUCUUCCGCAACGUCGUCUUCAACAACUCGCAAGAACAGACCAUCGACCUUGCAGUGCGUCACACCAAGAUCGUCCGCGAGCUUGUAGAUCACUACUCGAAACCCGAGAACGGCGGCACCAACUUCAAGUACGAGUACUCGCCCGAGACCUUUACUCAGACCGAGAUGGACUUUGCCGUCCAGAUCUGCGAGGCGGUGCGCACAGCCUGGGGCAAGGCCAGCCACGAGACGCCCAUCAUCUUCAACCUGCCCGCGACUGUCGAGGUGGGGCCGCCCAACCACUAUGCCGACCAGAUCGAGUACUUUUGCAACAACAUCACCGACCGCAAGUCGGUCAUUGUCUCGCUCCAUCCCCACAACGACCGAGGCUGUGCGGUCGCCGCAACCGAGCUCGGCAUGCUUGCCGGCGGUGACCGUGUCGAGGGCUGCCUCUUCGGUAAUGGUGAGCGAACCGGAAACGUCGACAUUGUCACGCUGGCGCUCAACCUGUUUUCGCAGGGUAUCCAGCCUGGCGAGCUCGACCUCUCUGAUAUUCAGUCGGUCGUCGACGUCGUGAGCGGCUGCAACGACAUCCCCGUCCACCCGCGUCAUCCUUACGCCGGCGACCUGGUCUUUACCGCGUUUUCGGGCAGCCACCAGGACGCGAUCAAGAAGGGAUUCGCAGCACAGGCCAAGCGAAUCGAGCAAGGCGACAACACCUGGGAGAUCCCGUACCUCCCCAUCGACCCUCUCGACCUCGGCUGCACCUACGAGGCCGUCAUCCGCGUCAACUCACAAUCGGGUAAAGGCGGUGUCGCCUACCUGGUCGCACAGAGUCUCGGUCUGGAUCUGCCUCGCAGGAUGCAGGUCGCCUUCUACCAGGUCAUCCAGGAAGUCGCCGACCGCACGGGCAAGGAGAUGAUCACCGAAGACAUCGUCCGCAUCUUCACGCAGACGUAUCACCUAUCCUCGCUCGAAGCCGGCCGCAACGAGGGCCGCUUCGCUCUGCGCGGCUACUCGCUCUCAGACGACCUUGCUAGCAGCAUCACCUCGGAGGACGAGCACGCCUCGGGUCUUCAAACGCCCCGACCGCGUCGCUUCACGGGCAAGGUCGUGUACCAGGGCAAGACGCACGAGCUCACGGGCACGGGCAACGGUGCACUCUCUGCGUUCCUCGAUGCCAUCGAGUCGACUUUUGCUAUCAAGGCCGAGAUCCGCGAGUACAGCGAGCACGCCAUCACCCAGGGAUCGAGUCUGCAGACGAAUGCAGCAGGUGCACAGGCUGGGCGUGCCAACGGCUCCAAGGCGCAAGCCGCUUCGUACGUCGAGCUGAUCAACCCCGUGCAGAAGGAGCAGAUGGGUGAGAAGAAGGCACCCGGCUUCUGGGGUGUCGGCAUUGACGUCGACAUCACCACUGCCUCGCUCAAGGCGGUCCUGUCGGCGAUCAGCAACAUUUCGCAACCUGAGGCUAUCAUCGCCACCGCUGUCGAUGCCGCUGCCGUCUCGAAUGGUAAGCAGUGA